CAGCGCAGGUCCCGUGUAAACGUGGGCGGCCAGUGCGCGUGCCAGAGUCAAAAUUGAAUUGUAUGACAUUUUAAUUUCACUUUAACAACGAAUACAUGAUCUUCAAAAGAGGUUUAUGCCUCGCGCCGUUACGCGGUUUUAUAUUUUUGCAAAGGUGUGAUCGCGAUGACUCGAGAGGAGAUUUAUAAUCGAGUCGUUCAGCUGGAUUUACAACAUAUGUCACAAUCAAGCUAUUGAAAGAAGUCAGUUUGUUGUUGUUAUUUGUACAUUAGCGAACCCACGUGUCCAGUGAAAUAUACCUUCAUCAGAGAGAUGAGUAAACGAGAAGACGAGGGAUGUGUCCGAAAACGAAGGACAGAUGCUGGACAGAAAUCAGACGAUUGCAUCAACUCAGAUUCACCUGUCAUUGCUGCUUUUAAAGUUUUCCAGCAAGAGUUGGACACCAAACAUGAUAAAUACGAGCGUUUGGUAAAAAUCAGUCGCGAUGUCACCAUUGAGAGCAAACGGACCAUCUUUCUCUUGCAUAGAGUGACCAGUGUUCCAGAUGUUGAGGAAAUACUGAACGACGCUGAUGUUAAACUGGAUGGUGUGAGGCAGAAGAUCGGACAGAUAGCUGAAGAACUGAAAGGAGAAGAUUUAUAUCAGUUCCACCGGGCAUUCACACCAGGGAUUCAGGAGUAUGUGGAGGCUGUUUCGUUUCAUCAUUUUAUCAGACAUCGCCGUCUGAUCAGUCUGGAGGAAAUCAAUGCUUGUCUCGUCUUCAUGAAAGACGACCAAACAACAAAGGGUGGUGGUGAGGUUGUGGUGCCUGGUCCCUGUGUUCUGACCUUCCAGGUAACGCCCACCGAUUACCUGCUGGGUGUGGCUGACCUGACGGGCGAGCUGAUGCGUAUGUGCAUAAGCAGCGUGGGCAACGGCGACAUGGACACACCCUUACAGCUCAGCACCUUCCUGCGGGAAAUCCACGACGGUUUCGCUUACAUCGGCAACACGGGGCCCUACGAGGUCUCCAAGAAACUGCACACGCUGCGUCAGAGCCUGGGUAAGGUGGAAGACGCGUGCUACGCUCUGCGUGUGCGUGGCUCUGAGAUUCCCAAGCACAUGCUUGCUGAUGUUUUUACCAGCAGGGCGGCGCCAUUGGACCCAGAUGAUGGGAUUGUUUAAGAUGUUCAUGUUCAUGAGCAUAUUGUUUAAGUGUUUUUGGUUGUGAAGGACUGUUUUUGAAUUGUUUUAUCAUUUGCAUGUUGUUACGAUGCCUCGUUUCUCAGUUUUGUGCUAUCGUACUGCAUUUACAGUAAAUGGAAACAAUGAAUGGCUAAACUUCAUUCACUUCUACGUGUUUACAGUUUACUUUAAAAUAAUACUGUCUCUGAUAUAUCAAUAAAACUUGUUUUUGGUACAAA